AUGGGUGAAUUAAAUGAAGGAACUAUAAAAGAACAGGAAUCUAAUAUUUUAGAUUAUCCAAAGUCGAAUCUUAUCCAUACAUGUAACAAAAGACAGCGUAAUCCCGUUGAAGCAUGUGCUUGGUAUUUUGACAAAGAAUAUCAUUCGUUGAAAGUUAAAGAUUUAAUAAUGGAUUAUUUCGUUCAUGGUGGUUAUGUUGAUUUGAUAGAAUUGCUUUGUGAAGAAGCUGGAGAUCCUUUUCCAGAUUUGGAGCAAGAAAACAUCGCAUAUCGUGAAUCUAUUCGGAAAGCAAUUAUUCGAGGCGAUAUUAAUGAAGCUAUGGUCUUAUUAGAUUUGCAUGGAAGAAGUGGUAUUUGCGAUCGAAAUCUAGAUUUGAAACUUUGCAAUCAACAUUUAGUUGAGCUUAUCCGUUGCGGAAAGACAAAUGAAGCACUGAAAUUUUCUGAGGAAUUUCUGGUGAAAAAGGUAAAAGGAAAUUCUAAAGGUAGAGAACAAGUGGAGCAAACAUUUUCAUUGCUUGCUUUUCAAGAUCCAAGCCAGUCACCAUACGCGAAAGUUCUUGAUGCCAGUCACCGAGAAUUACUUGCUUAUGAAGUUAAUGCAGCUUUGCGUGGUACGUUACCGUAUGCAGAUAAUCUCAUUAGGAUGUUAUGUUGGUUGGAAUCAGUUUGCACUCCACAAAAAAAUUAUACAUUUACUACUCAAGAAGGACUUAGUGAAUUCAUUGAAUCAAUUUUAUAUGUUAAUGGUAUUUAUGCUCGAUCAAAAUAG